AUGGCAGACACGGAACAUCAACGGGAGAACGCUGGGAGCGUAGAGGACUCUGGAAGUCCCUCCCCAGAGCCGUCGUUCUUUGACAAAAAGGAUGCCCGUUCUGUGUUCGGAAAACUCCUGAGCACCAACCUCGCGAUCAUGGGUGGCGGCAUGAAUGAUGCGGCCACGGGAGUCCUCAUUCCCUACAUGCAACCCACCUACCAGAUCAAUCUCCUGCAGGUCUCCUUCAUCUACCUGGUCAACUUUGCCGGCUGGGUCGUGGCAUCGUUCGCCAAUAUCCAUGUCUGCUCUCGGCUGGGAACGGGCGGGACUUUGGUCAUGGGUGCUACCAUUCAAUGCAUGGGAGUCGCCUUCCAAGACUCCCAGGCCAACGCGUUCACCGUCACGGUCAAAAACUCCCACCGCUGGUUGGGUAUUCUGCAUGCCGUGUACGGCGUGGGGACGAUCAUCGCUCCCGUCAUCGCCAAUACCAUCGCCUCGCGCACGCCGUCCUGGCAUCUCUACUAUUUGACCACAUUGGCCUUUGGCAUUGUGAGCAUCGUGUUGCUUGCGUUCACGUUCCGGAAGGGCCUGUUCCGACCGAAUGUGCAGAACGCAAAGGACACGGCGGGAAGCGAGUUGCGCGCCACUAUCUCAAACCGGACAGUCUGGAUAAUCAAUGGAUUCUUCUUCCUCUACGUCGGCGCUGAAGUGGCUUCCGGAGGUUGGCUCGUCCAAUUCCUCGUGUCUGUCCGGCACGGUGACCCCAAGAAGGUGGGAUACGUGGCCUCCGGAUUUUGGUCUGGCUUUACGCUUGGCCGUGUCGUGUUAGCAGACAUCACUCACAAGUUCGGCGAGCGGCGGAUGAUUUUCGUCUAUAUUGCGUUGGCGAUAGUUCUGCAGCUUAUGUUCUGGUUGAUUCCGAGCAUCCCCGUCAAUGCUGUAACGGUCUGCUUGUUAGGCAAGCGUCGCUCAUCAUGGCAGGAUUCUUCAUCGGCCCAUUCUACCCCGUUGGUCUGCUUCACGGCCAGUCUGGGACAGGCUGGGUCGGCGGCGUUCCCCUUCAUGACCGGAGCUAUAGCUUCCAAGGCAGGGGUCCAGGUCUUGCAACCGAUUAUGGUAGGAUUACUCGUGGGAAUCGCGAUAUUUUGGGCCUUGAUGCCUCGACAGGGUCAAAUCAGACUCUAG